AUGCCUCCAACACCGAAAAGAGACUGCGGUGUUAUAUUAUUUGACGUAGCUUCAUCAAAAAAAUCUGAACUUUUAAACGGUCUACUAAAAUUCGCAUCGUUCAGAUGGUUUAUGAAUUCGAAGAGUAUGUACAGAUUAAUUUUAGUAAACUCCGCUGAAACUAGAAACAGAGGAAAUUAUCCUCAUAUAUAUACAUGUAAUGAUUUAGAAGAAUUCGAUCCCAAACUUAUAGUUCAAGAAAUAGAAAAUAUGCAACCGGGCGAAUCUAACUGGGUAGAUGCCCUACGAGUGGGAAUCCUUGCUUUAAAGGAGGUUGUUGAAAUGGCUGGAAUUGUUAGUCUUCAACUAAUUUUCUUCACCGGUUUUGAUAAUAUUACUCCAAAUUUCGAUGAUACUUCUAUUCAAAAGGUGAUAAAUAUAAUUAAUAAAUAUGAGAAUAUGUAUUUGUAUAUCAUUGGACCUGAUGUUACACUUCCCUUUGCUAUAACGAGUCAGCAGUCUAUUGCUAAUUGCAUGCAGGAACUGCAAGUAGACCAGACAAACCAGAAUUUGGUAGUAGCUCAUAGAAUAGUUACUAGUGUUAAGAAUGCAGUUAUGUGUAAUACAAAAGUUGGCACACCACACCUUUUGAUAUGUUUUAGAAAUAGCCAAGGAACUCAACCCUGGAAAGUACCAUUGAUGUUUGGUGGAAAAUUGUCCAUACCAGCAUCAACUGUUAAAAUAAUCAGGAAAGAUCUUGCAUUGAAAUUGCAAGCACCGAUAUGUCAAAGUUACGUCAAAAUUUUGGCCGAUGAUCGCAUGCAACAAGUCGACGAUGCUGAUAUAGUAAAAGGUCUAGUCAGACACAAUAAGUUCACACAAAUUGACGAAUCACAAUUCAAACUUGAAACUCAAAGAUGUUUCGAUGUACUGGGUUUUACAGACAAAAAGUUUUUACCUGAAACUUACAUAAAGGGCGAUGAUACAUUUUAUGUAUUACCUAAUGAAGCUACUGAAGAUGGUUUUCAAGCUUUCACGUAUUUGGUGACAAUCUGCCACGAAAGCGACAAAUAUGCUAUAGUAAAAAGGAUUUAUUCUCCAAAUAAUAAACCUAGAUACUACGUGUUGAUACCAGCAGUUGAUACUACUCCAAAAUAUUUCGUUAUGACCGGUUUACCAUACGCUGGACUUUUGCUAGAGCACCAAUACAAGACACCUAUUGAACCCAAGGAAGAAGUAAUAGAGGACGAUUUUCACAGAUUUUUCAAUAGUAUGAUCGUCGAAAAUAAAGAUUGCAAGGCUGGAAUUGAAUCAGGUCCCAUAAUGAUGUUGGACAUACAUCAGCAGAAGAUAGUCGACGCCGCAGCUAAGAAGAAGGCGAUGAGAGAGGAUUUUGAUUUAGAAAGUUUGGAUGUUUGCGAUCACGAAUCGGUCGCGGAAAAUCCGUUUAUGGAAAUUUUUAAGGAUGCUUGGCCCGUCCGCAGUAUUGACGGUGCAGAUCCGUCCACUGAAAAUUAA